AUGAAUAUGGAGCUGGAGAAGGAGGGAUCAAGCUUUCUUAAGGAUUCCCAUAAAUAUGUAUUGGCUCCUAUGGUUGAUGCUAGUGAACUGGCGUGGAGAAUGCUUGCGAGAAAAUAUGGGGCUCACGUUACAUUUACUCCAAUGAUCAACAUUAAACAGUUUAUGAAAGACGAAACUUAUCGAUCAAAAUCAAUUGAAUUUUCUGAAAAGGAUCGUCCGUGUAUUGCACAGUUUUGCGGUGAUUCACCCUCCUUAUUCGCUGCUUCUGCCAAAUUAAUUGAAAAAUAUGUGGAUGGUGUUGAUCUAAAUCUUGGUUGUCCACAAGGAAUUGCUCGUCGCGGUCAUUAUGGAUCGUAUCUUCAAGACGAAUGGGAACUUAUUGCAGCAAUGAUUCGUGAAUGCAAAGCUGCCGUUAAUUUGCCAGUAUCGGUAAAAAUUCGCAUCUUUCCUGAUGUAAAUCGAACAGUUGAAUACGCGAAAAUGCUAGUUGAUGCGGGAGCCACACUUCUUACUGUUCAUGGCCGUACACGGGAACAAAGUGGACAAAAGUCCGGUCUUGCUGAUUGGGAACAGAUUAAAGCUGUCAAAAAAGCGGUUUCCGUUCCAGUUAUAGCAAAUGGGAAUAUUAUAAAUUACGACAAUAUUGCUGAGUGUUUGAAUGCGACUGGUGCAGAUGCUGUGAUGAGUGCAGAACCUCAUCUUUAUGAUCCUACGAUAUUUUCCACCGAAGAACAAAAUGUCUUUCACAUUGCAAAAGAAUAUUUGGAGUUUGUGAGGGAAUUUCCUUGUCCCAUGUCAUUUGUUAGGGGCCAUUUAUUUAAAAUCUUUCGGAAUGCGCACUGUGUACAUACAGAUAUGCGUGAACGGUUGGCAAACAUGAAAUCAAUAGAAGACUUUGAAGAUUAUGUUAGCGCGUUUAAGGAAUUAUGCGAAAAGAGAUGCAUGCUUGAAGAAUGGAGUCCCUCAUCGGAACCUCGAGCGUUAUCCAAACCUCACUGGAUUUGCCAAGCAUACCUUCGCCCGUUAGACCUUCCCAAGACAACCCCUCCCACUGAGCCCUAA